UCGCUUACGACUCGCUGAUGAGCAAACAGGUGCGAUUCAGGAAAAGCGCGUCGCGUGGGAGAAGACCUGAGAGCCGCGCCGGUGGGGCUCCCAUGGCGUUGUCUAAUUGGCCGACAUGCGCGAGGUGUUCGCCUCUAAGUGUCGCGAGUUCGACCGUGUUUGUAACAGUGUCAGAGUGACCGUCGCACUGCGUGUCGCACUAAAGAACAGUCCCGACCUCGACUUUCUGGACGAGUCUUCUCAGAAAUCCUUGUCGCCGAAGAGAUUCGUCGAUUGAUCCCUUCAGCGCAUAGCUGGUAACAUGGUCGAAAACGGGAUGACCCAGGAUCGGAAGAAGUCGGAGAUCAAGAAACCCGAGGUCUUCGACGUAGAAGUUCCCGCUCCUCCAGUUCGAUUGGGGAAACGUCACAUGGUGACUUUAAUGAUAUUCUUCGGUAUGGCGAAUGCCUACAUAAUGCGGACCAACAUGUCUGUGGCUAUCGUCGCGAUGGUCAAUCAUACGGCCAGUACGGACAACGAGGAGGUGAUAAAAGAGGUGAAUGAAUGCGGACAGCUUAUCACCAAUGAAACCGACGCUACCCAACGUAGUGCCGAUGGGCCAUUUCCAUGGAACAGCAAGGAACAAGGCUACCUGCUAAGUUCAUUCUUUUGGGGCUACGUUAUCACGCAGAUACCAUUCGGUAUACUUGCCAAGCGCUAUGGCGCCAAAUAUUUCCUCGGAAUCGGCAUGCUGAUCAAUUCGGUUUUCGGACUGCUGGUCCCAAUAUCUGCGGAUUGGGGAUAUUGGUGGCUGAUGACCAUUCGAUUUAUUCAGGGUUUAGGAGAGGGUCCUAUUGUGCCUUGCACGCAUGCACUGCUGGCGAAGUGGAUACCACCUAACGAACGGAGCAGGAUGGGUGCCUUUGUCUAUGCCGGUGCACAGUUUGGUACGGUAAUCUCCAUGCCGUUAAGCGGUUUAUUGGCUGAUUGGAAAUUAGUAGGUGGUUGGCCCUCUAUUUUCUACGUGUUUGGUAUUAUCGGUACCAUUUGGUGUAUAGCAUUCCUCAUAUGGGUUUACGAAGAUCCUGAGCAACAUCCAACUAUUACAGAAGAAGAAAAGAAAUAUAUACUUAGUUCUCUCUGGGGUAGUGCCGGCAUAUCUUCAUCGCCUCCUGUUCCAUGGAAAUCUAUUGCAACUUCACUACCAUUUUGGGCUAUCUUGAUGGCGCAUAUGGGCCAGAAUUAUGGUUAUGAAACAUUGAUGACUCAACUUCCAACAUUCAUGAAACAGAUUCUUCAUUUUAGUAUUAAAAAUAAUGGUUUCUUUUCGGCACUUCCGUAUCUCGCCAUGUGGCUCUUUUCUAUGUUUAUUUCUCACGUUGCCGAUUGGAUGAUCACUUCGGGAAGAUUUACUCACACUACGACCCGUAAGAUCAUCAACAGCAUUGGCCAGUAUGCACCGGGCAUAGCACUGAUUGCUGCUUCAUACACCGGUUGCAAUCCUUGGUUGACAGUAACCGUCAUCACAAUUGGAGUUGGUUUGAAUGGUGCUAUUUAUUCCGGUUUUAAAGUAAAUCACCUUGACAUCUCUCCAAGGUUUGCUGGGAUUUUAAUGUCCUUCACAAAUUGUAUUGCCAAUCUUGCUGGGCUUCUCGCGCCGAUUACUGUCGGAGAGAUUAUUGAUAAAUCGCCAUCGCAAGCAAAAUGGAGAAUUGUAUUCAUGAUCUGCGCUGGUAUUUAUUUCCUAUGUGCGACAUUCUAUGUAGUUUUCGGUUCGGGUCAAAGGCAACCAUGGGACAAUCCAGAUAAGGAUGACGAUAAGAACGAGAAAAAUCAAUUAGACGGUGUAAGAAUCGUCAAUGAGACUCAACAUUGACAUGAAUAUUUUAUCAAUAAGAUCAGUGGUGAUACCAGGAAAUCGACACUGACGACGUGACGAUUGUGUCCACUUGGCCAUUUCUGUUUAUGCACAUUCAUUCCCUCCCUAUUAUUUAAUUAUUCAAAACAAACAAGAUACAUUAAGACAUUUAAGUUAAUCUCAGAAUUGUAUUUUUCUUUUUUUUACUGUGAAGAUACAAAAUUUGUCAUGAUAAUUGCGCGAUGCACAUUGUAAAUCUUCGUACUUUUGUAUUUGAUUGCAAAGGUUAUACCAAUUGCUUUAUAUUAUUGCUUAAUAUUAUUUCGUGUGUUUCAAGUGAAAGAGAUUGUAUGUGUGUGAAAAAGAGAGAGAAAGGGAGAGGGAGGGAGAGACAGAUCCAUGUAUAAAAUAUACUCAUAACCGAGCUACUGUUAUAAGCUUUGGUUCGCGUCGUUUGUUGUAUUUUAUAAUUUAUCCAUUUUUACAUAAUUCGCGUAUUAUGUAGGAUUAGAAAGUCGCACUUUAAGAAUUUGCUAACUAGAGAAAUGAUAGGAGAGAUGAUUCUCAAAAGGAAUAAAGAAGUGAAAACUAUUACUUGCAGAUAAGCGAAUUUUCAUAAACUUACUGAAAAUGUCAUGACAACAAAUAAAGUAUGAUUUUAAUGAGAUUACAAAAGUGACAGCCACGAAAUUGUUUCUUAAUUAUGUAUCAAAAACGAUCUAUAUAAUUAAAGUCCGAAUUAAAUUAUAUAUCAUUAUAUCGCUUGGCUAUGCGAGUAAGAGAGAAAUAGUCUGAAUUCUACGCGACGUUAUAAAUCUAUUUGUGAUAUAUGAUGUUAUUCGCGUAACGUUAACUUCAACUUUUCGACUCAAAGAUCAAUGAUCAAUAUCAAUUGCAUAUCUCGAUAAAUGUAAAUUUCGAUUUGCGCAAUCAAUGCUCCAUAAAUUCAAGUUCUGUGGCUGUUUCACAUGCGAACAAAAUUUAUUAAUCUCAGUCUUCCAUUUUGUAACAGCACAUUGAUCACUUUAUUUUAUGAUGGAGAUGGAAUAUAUAUAAGAUUUGUACGAUAGAUUUGAGUAGAUUUAUCGCGAUUAUGCCGGGAAAGGGUCUAUCGUAGUGCUCUUCGACGCUUAUCUUCAAGGUAGCUUUCGUGUCUGUAGUUUGACAAACUUGUGGCAGCAGUAUUAGAGCAAAGAUCGUUCAUCUUCCUUUAGUACAUCACUUUUUAUUAUAACUACUGCCAUGUUGUAUUUGCAUGUGUGGCCUGGAUAAAAGGAAUGAAAAUAAUGUUCCCAAUUUCGUCAUGCGGUUAGGAAAAGACUAGAGGUCUUUAUCCAUAAUUCAGGCGUUGUGAACAGCACAAUGUGUACAAUACAAUAAUGGUGUCUAUACAUAUUGUAGAUAUCUGUGCGUAGAAGCCGUAUUAAGUUAUUAGAUAUUAGAUGAGUUACUAUUCGUAAUUAUUUAUAUAACGUUUACGAAGGACAAAAACAGAUCAUUACCUCCAUAUUAAAAUAAAAAAAUUGUCAAACCGAUAAUUCGCACUUGUAUAGUAGAAUGCAUUUUUCUCAUAAUCGAUAAGUCUCUCUUAAGCUGCACAAACUGAACAACAAUUCUAAUAUGUAAUAUUUUCUGUACAGUCUCGAGUACAGUAUCGAGGCUAUAUAUUUGAUGUAAUCGACAUUAUUAUUGAUCAUUAUACCUGAAAAAUACGUAAUGGUGUAAAACUCAUUCUUGCGAAGAUGAGUCUAAAACGAUCGAUUUGUCUGAAAAUUGAAUGAAUCAUUAAAUAAUAUUUGUUUAAAAUG